GCGAUUGUGACGUAAUUUUAAUGAGACGGAAGUUUACCAAUACAACGUCGAUGACUGUCAUGGUCCAAAUUUCUUUUUAAAAAUAUUCCCAAGGCGACAAGAGUUAAGAUAUUGAGGAAAGUCUCCUUCCUAAACAGUAAAAGAUGCACGGUCGAGUGAAGGUAAAGUCCACCGCCCAGCAGGAGGAGGAGAAAAGAAAGGAACGGGAAAAGAAAUUGAAGAUAUACACAGCAGCACGAGAUGCCUGUUUUUCCAAGAGGAAAGACGGUGUUUGCGACGAAGAAGCCCUCCACUUGACCCAGCAGCUGCUAUCAUCAAACCCUGACUUUGCAACGCUUUGGAAUUACAGGAGAGAGAUCCUCAUGCACCAGGAAACCGUCAAAGACGAGAGUGAAGUACAAAAGAUGUACCAGAACGAGCUGUCUUUUCUGGAGUCUUGCCUAAAAGUCAACCCAAAGUCAUACGGCAGCUGGCAUCAUCGAAGCUGGGUCUCGGAAAGGGCACCUCAAAUGGACUGGGCCCGAGAAUUGAGCCUGUGCGACCGCUGCCUCAGUUUGGAUGACCGCAACUUUCACUGCUGGGAUUACCGGCGGAUCGUCGUGAAGAAAUCCGCUGUCCCCGUGGGAAAGGAGUUGGAGUUCACGGAUCGUCUCAUCGGCUCCAACUUUUCCAACUACUCCAGCUGGCAUUACCGCAGUACCCUGUUGCCCCUCCUCCACCCGCAGUCCCCCGAAUCCGCCCCCCCGUCGGGCUCCUCGCCUCCCUCGCCGCAGACCCACUCCCAUCGCGUCUGUGAAGAGCAGCUGCUCAAAGAAUAUGAGCUGGUGCAGAACGCUUUCUUCACCGACCCUAACGACCAGAGUGCUUGGUUUUAUUAUCGUUGGCUGCUUGGCAGAGCCGAGCGUGAAGAGAUGAUUAGUUGUGUUUUCAUCAGCCGGGAUGAAGAGAGGGUGGCUGUUGCCUUUUCGAGGCCGGUCCAGGCGCAGUCCGGAGGGCUGCUGCUUGUGCUGGAUGGUCAGCCGCUGCAAGUGGACUGGAGGAGCAUCCACCCACGAUUUAAACAUAGUCCCGUCUGGAUAUGCGAUCUUCCUCCGGGGUCCAUCAACAACAUCGCUAAUGAACACAAUCUGACGGUGCACUGGCCCGAAAAACACACUCGGCGAGAUUGCGCCCUGUACACAGGUCGAAAUGAGAGUUGGUGUCGUGAUUCCGCCACCGAUCAGGAGCUCUUCAGGAGUGAACUCUCUGUGGAAAAGAGUUCCGUGUUGCAGUCUGAGCUACAAUCAUGUAACCAGCUGCUAGAACUGGAGCCGCUCAAUAAGUGGUGUUUGCUCACCAUUAUCCUGCUGAUGAGGGCGCUAGACCCCCUUGGCUACGAAAAGGAGACGCUCGCUCAUUUCCAAACUCUCAAAGAAGUGGACUCCAUGCGCUCUGCCUAUUACAGCGACCUGUGCAGCAAAUUUAUGAUCGAAAAUACCAUUUUGAAAAUGGAGUAUGCUGAAGUGCGCGUCUUCAGCGUCUCCAACAAGAACCUGACCACCUUGUGCCAUUUGGACCAGCUGCUCCUCAUCACUCACAUCAAUCUGUCCUCUAAUCAGCUGCGCCACAUUUCCUUUCACUUCUCCAUGUUACAGUGCCUGAAGGUGUUGGAGGCUGAAAACAACUGCAUAGAAAAUUUAGAAGGAGUCUACUGCCUGCCCAAACUGGAAGAGGUCCUCUUGAAGAAUAACAACAUCGCCACGCUGGCAGCGCUCCGGCCGCUCGCCACCUGCCCCAAGCUGCGGCUUCUCGAUCUCCGCGGCAACCCCGUCACUCAGAGCGCCGACGCCGAGUCGCACCUCGCGGAGCUCCUGCCUUCCGUGGCGUGCCUCCUGCUCUGAUGCGCCGGCGGCGGGCGGCGGGCCCGUCACUCAAGGAUGACGCUGCCGCUGGCGGCUGGUUUGUGAAGGAGUGAGUGGAUAAUUUUUUUUUUUUACCAAGUGUGCUGUCACUUCCACUUGUUUGGUGGAAAUUUGAUCAAAACAGCCCCCACUCGUCUGAAUGCCUCUGAAGGCGGAUAUCAAAACACCUAUAAUGAAAAGUCUGUGUUGUUCGUGCGUGUGUGUGUGUGUGUGUGUGGUUGAGUCAUAACUGCUUUUUUUUCCCGCAGAAUGGGUGAAUGAAGGUCGAUAAUACCUCCGAAUGCAUGGUGCAAAAGCUGCAAUAAUGGAAAUCAUAGACAGUGUGUGGAUGGAUCCGCGCGAUCACGUUUUAUAAGCUUGAGAGACACUUAAAGCAACAGUAAGAAACGGGAAUGGCGCUCCAUGCGGUGUGACGAUGUGAGCAGAGCUCAAUGUGACCGAGUUCUGCAGUUCUUAAAUGUUUUCCAACGAGUGCCAUCGUAAAAGAAAACAAAAAAAAAAAAAACUACACAACGUCAAAAUGCAGUGGCAUUGAAGGCAUUUCAAUGUUCAUCAAAAAUGAGUGCAUUGAACAUUCUUGUAAGCCACUCCAACAGGAUGCAGUUUGAAUGCCAUGUUAAAAUGGAGAGAGAAAAAAAAUAUCCCCUUCAAAUGUAUUGCGCACAAUACAUAUUGUGCUGAAAUGUUUAAAAACAUUCACAAGAUUAAAUGCAAAUUUAUUGAACUUGCAGUUUAAAUACAAGUCAGCUGCGAACUUUGGCAGUGAUUUUUUUUUUCUUACCAAUAGGGGGAGUUCGAGUACGACUAGUUGUUAGAAAACCACUCAAGGGUUGACUGCAGUUAUACUUGAAGCCUUUUGCCCCGAUGAGGGACCGAGCCCUUCAGGAAAUCGUGAAACACCAUAAUUUAAUGCCCCUCUCAAGAUGUUUAUCAAUAACUGCUUAUAUUAAUUGUUUAAUUAGUAAAUAUACCACAAACUAUCAUCCUAAAGUACUAACAUUGCAAACCCAUUUGAUAAUAUGACCUUUAAAAAUAAAUACUUUAUAGAUGAUUUUAUUAAAAAAAAAAUAAUAGUCAUAAUAGUGUAUCCAAAGUGUGUGUACAGCAAAAACUCUCCAUAACAACCCAGGCUAAACUUAGUUUCUCCCUUGACACACAAAGCGUGCAUCUCAGUUGAUGUGUAUCACUUUGGCAUAUAUCUUUGGACUAACGUCUUGUGUUCGUGAAUAGCGAUCCUCAAACGUGCCGGGGGUGGGGUGGGGUGGGGGGUGGAGUUGCUCAUCAAGUCUGUUCACAAUCUUUUUUAGUUAGGCUGCUUACAAACAAAA